CUACAGCUGUUUCUCAAGACCUUUCAGUCAAAUUCUGCAAGAACCCCAUUGCUUUUUGCAUACUUUGUCCGGGCAAAAAAUAGUUCUUGCAGAACCCUGUCUCUUCUCCGCUGACUCAUUCACCCACGUCACGUGACUGUGCUUGCGCGUGACAUCAUAGCCUGUUGCACAAGUCUUCAUGAAGAAACCUCUAUCUUUCACAAAAAACACCAUGAAUUUCCGAGAACCGGCCACUGUUUUGGACCUCAAUAAUAUCCGUGCUAGCCUCGUGCGCAUGGAGGAAACCAUUGUUUUUGGGCUCAUCGAGCGGUCCCAGUUUUUCUCGCUGCCCAGUGUCUAUCAGCCUAACAAGUACAGGAUCGAGGGUUUCAACGGGUCGUUCAUGGAAUGGCUUCUUUUGCAGACAGAAAAAGUCCACUCACAAGUAAGAAGGUACGAGGCACCCGAUGAAACGCCGUUUUUUCCAGACCAGUUGCUCAAGCCGUUGUUGCCCUCGAUCGAGUAUCCCAAAAUCUUGGCCUCGUACAGUGACGACGUCAACGUGAACAAGGACAUUUUGGAUUUCUAUGUGCACAAAAUUGUCCCACAGAUGGCAUGCGAACAGGGGGAUCAAAACGAAAAUUCAGGUUCUGUAUCUGUGUGUGACGUUGAAUGUUUGCAAGCACUUUCUCGUCGAAUCCAUUUCGGUAAAUUCGUGGCCGAGGCUAAGUACAAAGCAGACCCCGAAAUGUACAAAAAGCUCAUUUUGGCCAGGGACGUACAGGGAAUAGAGGCCAGCAUUACCAACCAAGCUGUGGAGGACAAAAUCUUGCUUCGUUUGAAGGAGAAAUGUCAGACCUACGGCACGGAUCCUUCGUUGAAGUAUUCGCAGAGACCACAGGCCAAAGUGGACCCAGAGCUCAUUGUGCAUUUAUACAAACAGUAUGUGAUUCCUCUCACGAAGAAAGUCGAGGUAGAAUACUUGUUGCGCAGACUAGAAGACGACGAGUAGAGUGAAUAAUAGAACAAUAAUACAAAUAUUCAAUAUCACGUAGUGCGGA